AUGCCGAAUGGUCGUAAGCGUGCAGUGCGUGCACGUAAAGAGAGAAAUGCACUGCUUGCUUUGGAUCACCUCUAUCAUCCUUCGGCGGAGUCCGUCACUUUUGAUCAACUUCCUUCCAUUCGUUUUACACAUCUUCGUAUUCAUCCGACAUUUGGUAAUACAAAGCACAUGACAGUAUUCGAAGUAUAUUUUGCUGUAAAAUAUAAUUUCAUGGAUUUAUCUCGAUUACCACCUAUUCGUGUGUUCAGACAUGAAGGUCAUUUGUGGAGUGUUGACAAUCGUCGAUUGUGGGUGAUGCGUCAGGUGAAUGAUUGGCAUAUUGAAGGUCCAUACAUCGAGCGUCAAUCGCCCAUUCGCUUUCAAGAAUUUACCAUGAAGCACCGUGGUCUAAACGGCACAUCGGGCGAAGAUGUAACAUUUCACCGUGAUGCUCCACAUGAAUGUUGUAUUGAUGCAUGGAAAAGUGGAUCAUUAGACGAGCAUAUUGCUGUUAUUCAUCUCAACAUGACGCUAGAUGAAGUCAAACUUCUAUCUAGAUGUAUUUUACAUAAGGAGAAAUGUGACUGUAUAUACGAUGAAGAAUCUAACUGUCGAACGCUCUCAGGAAUGAUUAAUGCUCGUAAACGACGACUUAAUCAAAUUAAACAAACUAAUACAGAAACAAUCGAUAAAAUACUACAGGAGGAAUAA